AUGUGGACAGAUGCACUUUCACUAAAAGGAAAAAGGUUGGAUUUUUAUGGCGGAGCUGACACAUAUGUAAGCCUGACCAACACCAUUCCUGAACUCAGUCGAUUCACAGUAUGCAUUGACCUGCGAUUUGUGGGUGCCAGAUCAAGUGACUGGAUGGCCUUCUCCUAUAUUACUAAAACUACUCUCCUGGGUAGAGGAGACAUAGACCUUGGACUCGCAGGAGACCAUCAGCAGCUAAUUGUGUACAACUUGGGCAAGACCUUUUACAUCCGUUACCACCUGACUCCAUUUCAGUGGCACACAAUAUGCUUGAUAUGGGAUGGUGUGAAAGGCAGAUCAGAGCUCUUCCUGAGUAAAGAAAGGAUACUGGUAAUGAUGGAUCAGCCACAAAACCUGGCGCCUAAUGGGACUCUGGUUCUAGGACAUUUUCGCAAGAAAGUGGACGACCAUGUUAAAGGCAUGGUUCCUAGGUUCACCAGCAGCUCGUACUACUUUCAACUCUGGGACCACAUCCUGGGAAAUGAAGAGUUUAUGAAGCGUUUGAGCGGAAACGUGGUUAGUUGGGAAGAAGAUGUUUGGCUCAUCAACAAGAUCAUUCCAACCGUUGACAUGAGAGUGCGCUGCGUUGUUUCUGAAAAUAUAGCAAUUCAGGAAACAACUACAACUCUUUCACAGCAAAUAGAUUUGACAACACCACUCCAAGUUACUGGACUAAAACCACAAAAGACGGUCUAUUCUUCUACCGUGGAGUCUAAAAGCAUGCCUGUAUUUGCAACUGAUUAUACAACCAGAUCGUAUUCCAAUACAACAUCUCCACCUCUGGAAACAAUGACUGCACCAAUUUUUAAAAAGACAUCCAUAGCUGAGACAGCUACAUUCGCAGCAGACAUUUCGUCUACUUCAGCAGCCAUUGCUCUGUCUACCAAGAGUACCUCCAUAGGCCCUACUGCCAAUUCCAUGAAAAUAAGUAAAUCCCCAUCUUCAGAGAGCACAAGGACAACAAAAAUGGCUGAAUCCAUUGCUACUGAGACCUUUCAUCCAACAGUAGCUACUAGUUUUCUGUACACAUCUGGAUUUACCAAGAUAAUUACAUUCAAAACUUCGGUGACUGGAUCUCAGUCGGCUGUUAGGAGGACAACAUAUUUAUUCUCAUCUAUUGAGUCGAUAUCCAUGUCUACAACAUCUUGACCCAAAUCCACAGGUAUGGGGGCACUCCCUAUCUCCACAGCUAGCCAGGACCAGGAGUUUCUUGCAUCUACAGCUGCUGGAAGUGUACCUCAGUCCACGGUGGACCAGACUUCAGCUACAACUACUCACGUUGGGACUGCAUCAGCACUGCCACCUGAGUCUGUGCUCCUCUCCACAGCUGUUCCAGUGGAUUCUGUAUUUCCUAGAAAUCAGACGGCAUCCACAUUGGCAACAACUGAUAUGGAAAUACCCUUUACAGUUUAUUCAACUAGGUCUAUUGAAAUGACACCUGCGCUAAGAACAGUUGAAACAGAGCCGGCAUUUACAAAUUUCCAGGAUGUCUCUUCACCCAGAGUGGAGGGCACAAUAUCUACCUCUGUGCCAAAAGAGGCCUCUUCCGUGGCCCUUUCUUUUAGGACAUCCUCUCCAUUCACCAGAGCUCAGAGUGUACAGACAGUUAUUGAUGCUGAGACUACACAUGCAGCCUUGACUACUGGGAUCACACUUGCACCUACAGUGGCUGGAAUUAUGCUUUACCCCACAAUCACUGGGCCAGUAUAUACCCAGAAUACACCCCCCGGUGGUGAAAACAUGCUUUCUCUGAUUUCCACUAGAUCAGCUUCCACAUCCAAGGUGUCUGAGUCUGGUCCCACAUCAGUAACUGAUGAAGGUAACCAUCUAUCCUCCACCAAUGAGAUCAUUUGGACUUCCAGACCAGAACAGACCCUGUUGACAUCAGCAUUCCAUGGGAGUACUUCUAAUACAGAGCAUUCAUCCACAACUGCUAAUAUUAUCAUCCAACCAGAAGCAUCCACAGAGUGUGAGGCCACUACCACCGCUGAUGUUACUACCGACAGAUAUACAGCAGUUCUAUCCAAAUUCACAUCUCCGUGGUUUGCUAAUUUCUCCACAGUUUCUGGAGCCACAUCUGUAACCAAACUGCCUGAGUGUAAACUUACCAGCUUACUACUAAAACCCACCUCUAUGUCCACAGUAGCUGGAAAUGAACUUCUUUCAACACCAAAGGAGACAGUUGUUCCACCAGUAGAUAGAAUAUCUACCCUUGCUUAUGUUGAACCAAAUUUUUCUACUGAGGAGAGUGCUUCUGAGAACACGCAAACAGAGACAAAUGGUACAAUUGCAUCUGGAGAGACAAUAGCCCCUGUUGCAGAGUCUGCAACAGCACAAAGAUUCAGAACUGCUGUGACAAGGAAAGAAACCACUUCCCAUUUUCUUAAGGGAAAAUCGACUGUAGCAGCGACAACCGAGGUUUCUCCAUUUGCAACGAUACUGGAAGCAACAGAUGAAUCUGUUUCCCCACUUCCUGAUAUGGAGAAGCUGACUACCCAAUUGGAUAAUACAACUGCAACUACUGAAGCGAGAGAAAGUUGGCUUUCUACAAAAUCGGUGAAAACCACGCCUAAGAAUUCACCUCAUGGAACUACAGAAAUCUUUAAUUCCACCCACAUCUACACAGCACAUUGGACUUCAGAGACUCUACCUGAGGGGAAUCCAGCCCCAUCUCCCACUUGUGGGAGCACAGAGACAUUUUCUGAACCCCUGGGUGCUUCCACCACAAGAAUACUGAGGAUGAGUUUUGCCACUAUCCCUACAGACAGGACGGCUAUGUCCUUGACUGCUGGUGCCUUGUUUCCACAGCCUAUAGCCACGCAUUCCUCAGCAGCCCCUGUGCCUAUUACCCUUGUGUUCUCACUGCCGGUUAAUGUCUCUGCUGUCACCUCUAUGGUGCUGUCUGAGGAGACUAAGGUUACCAUGCCUGGGCCUUCUACAUUGGCCAGGGCUUCCUCCACAUCUCUGCCCUCAGAUAUCUCAACUCUGUCAUCAGCUGCAGUGACCACAGCAUCGAUGCCGCCAUUGGAUCAGAGCACUUCCACAACCAGCGGUACCGUGCCUUCCCACAGAGACUCCAUCCACACCACUUCAGAGGCCACAGGGAUCUCUGUCAGGAUGACACCCACGGCGGUUCCCUCUCUGGCAGAAACUCGAGUCCCCUCGCUGAGGCCUCCCACUCCUGUGGCAACUAAGGCUGAGACCACCAUUCUGUUCCCGUCAGCUGACACAGUAACCCCUUCCACACCCACUCUUGGCUGCUCUAAAGCUCUCCCUGACAGCACUCCCGUUGUGUCCUCCACUCAUGUAACCUCAACUAUGUCUACACCAUUAGCAACCCAACCCAUAGCUCAAGUGGAGGAGACUUCUACCCCUGCUCUCAGCUUUCCAUACACUUUCAGUGGUAGUGGACAUGUUGUUAGCUUGGCUACCGGCACCACAGACACUUCCAUUGUUGAUGACACUAUGCCCUCACACACCUCCGCCAACAAGCUUAUUACUUCACUCUACGGUCACAUUUCUCAAUCUUCCACACAUCCUGUAAACACACUGGUCCCCACCUUAUUAGUGACUGACAUUUCUACCUUAUCUUCUGACAAGGAGCGGAUGACCACCUCCCUGGGAAAGACCCCUAGAACUCUGAAGGUGACAGAAAUGUCCUCAUCAAAGAAUCCUCUUAUUUCAGACUCCCACAGUACUUCAUCCUCGGAAAUGACAGACACAGGAUUUGCUGAGGGCACGAAAAUUUCCAGUCACCAAACACAUUCACUUUCAGAGACUCCGUUUGUGACUCCACCUAAUGAGAGUCCAACUUCAUCUCCCACUUCUGGGAGCGCGCACACUCCACCUACCUCAACAGCAGAUGUCCACAUUUCAGAAACGCCUCCCAGUCUUGGGAAAACAGCUCUCCCUUCACAAGCUCUGACAAUGACCACGCUUUUGUCUCCUGAAAAAGAGAGCAUGAGUGCCCUCUCAGUAUAUACUCCCAGGACUGAGAAAAAGGUAGUAAGCACUACCUCUGUGACUCACCCGUUCUCACACCGCCAGGAUACUUCAUCUGCAGAUACCAUAACUUCUGGGACAACCAGGAUAUCAAAUCCUGUAAACAAUAACACAGCUCCUUCACACUUGCUUUCAUCUAGCACUCAACCUGACGUGUCUUCAGUUGCCUCUCCUAUUUCUGAAAGCACACAGACCUCCCCUGAGACUCCGUCUCUUUCCACAGCUUGACUAUCUAAUGCCAAUUUUACAACUAUGUCUCCUGACAGGAUCGCUACAGCCCUUUCUGCUCCAAACGUACCUACAGCACUUCUUGGGAAAACCGCUAUGGCAACGUCCAUUCCCAUCUACCAGAGGUCCCCACGGCCAGUUAGUGUCACUGCCUUCACCUCCAAAAGCGUUUCUGACACUCCCACGGUACUAAUGACUGAAUCUUCUAAAACAGCGCUCGCAGAUUAUUUGAAAAGUCUUUCUGUAGCCACUUCUGGGGCUGUGGCUGAGAUGUCCUCAAUGUCAGCUAAUGACUCUGCGCUUCCACCUUCUGCUGUUUCUUCUGAUGCUUCCACAACAGCUGGAUCAUUCUAUACUUAUUGUCUUCAAUUACCCCCAGGGCCUUCUAUGACCGUGCAAACAUUGACAUUGGAUGUCACACCUGUGACAUAUGCUGGGUCUACUUCAAAAAGCACUGUGGCUUCCUGUGCUUUCACUACUUCAGAAAUAACCGAGGUGUCCUCCAGGAUCACACCUACAUCCUUAUCCUCCCCAACAGAGCCAACUUCUCCUUCUGUGAAAACUAUUCCAACCACUAUAAUGGCUGGGCUAGUGACUACAUUCGUAAGCACGCCUGCCUCUCCUCUAUUCAGUUCUAAGAACAAAGCUAUUUCUUCCAUUCCAAAGACCACAUUUUCACCAUUUCUAUCAACAACACGACAACCAUCACAACGAUAUGAGGCCUCCACUCUGGGCAUAUUCUCUGGGAUUACUAAUAGCUCUCUGUCUACUGUAAGCAGUGGUAAAGUAACGGUUCUCACAAAUACUUAUUCCAGAAUUGCCACCCCUGAAAGUGUGCUUUCAUCUACUCCCUCAGAAAAUCCCCACACUUCCUUGAAUAUUCAGGUUUCCCCCUCUUUGACUGGCUUUAAGAGCACUCCUGGACCCACAAAAAGUGUAAAAGCCACCACUUACCGUUCUUCAAGUACAGAAAAGAUGACUUCCUUGUCAGAAAAUACUUCAACAGCCGGGACAAAAGGUGCCACGUCUGUGAAUGCACCUGUUUCAUACCCUCCCUGGAUUCCAUCCAGUACAGCUCCACCCUCUUUGACAUCAUUUCUGUUUUCACCUCAAAGUACUGAAGCCGAGUUCUCUACUCCAAAGACUUCUUUUCCUCCUACAUCCCAAAUGAUUGGUGCUAUGCUUCUACCUAGCCCUACAACAACAUCUACGUGGAGCAGAAUCCCAGCUGCAUCAGCAUCCCCGACAUUUGUUCCUCCUAAGCCCACACAGGACUCCGUUCUAAAUAUAGCCACCACUACAUCCACUGCUACUGGAGCCCCAUCUCCACUCAUAUCCACUGGAGUAACACAUCCUUCUACAGCAAGUGUGUCUUCACUAACGUCUUCCUCUUUUGAGACAACCUGGCCUGACUCCACACCUUCCUUUUUAUCUAUGGAAACUUUGACUUCACCGAUUGCUGUUAAGUCCAAAGUUUCCUUCUACAAUAUUGAAAUGAGCUUCUCUGUCUUUGAUGAAGAGCUAAGGAUCCCUAUUACCAGGGUUGUAAAAGAAUUUGCAAAAAAUUGCAUUUAUUUUCAAUUGACUUCUAUAUUUCAGGACAGUGAAUCUGUCCUUGCUAAUCUGGCUGUUCAAAUUAAAAGCAGAGACACUACUGAGGAAGAAAUAACCAUGGACCGAACGUUUGUAAGUAAGAGAGAAGGGCAAGGAAUGGCUACAAUUUCCCGUGUACCAUACAGCUGUGCUUGUCAGGUCAUCAUAAAGGCCAACUCUUCUUUAGUGCCCACCAAAUUGAUUAGCAGGAUCAAGAAAAUACAUGGCAACCUCACUCAUGGAAACUUCACACCAGAUCAGUUGACGUUAUUAGUAAAGUCUGAACACGUUGCAGUGAAAAAACGAGAGCCCAGAAAGUGCAAAGCUGAAGAAACAGCCUCUAAAUACAAAGGGACAUAUAAGUGGCUCUUAACCCACCCUACCGAGACAGCAACUAGAUGCAGAAAAAAUCAGGAUGGAAACGCUACUAGAAUCUGCUCAAUCAGUAUCAACACUGGCAAAUCUCACUGGGAAAAACCAAAGUUUAAACAAUGCAAAUUGCUUCAAGCGCUUCCUAAUAAGAUUGUGGACCUUGCUAAUAUUACAAUAAGUGACGAUUGCAAGAGUGUUUCAGGAAUGUUCACUAGGCCUAAUGAUAGGCGGCUCAAUCUUAAUUAUGAUCAAGUUCACUGUGCCUUUUGGGACCUUGAGAAUAACAUUGGUCUCGAAGGGUGGACGUCAGGCUGCAAAGUAAAGGAAACAAACCUAAAUUACACAAUCUGUCAGUGUGACCAUCUCACCCAUUUUGGAGUCUUAAUGGAUUUAUCCAGGUCUGCAGUGGAUGCAGUGAAUGAACGGAUAUUAGUGCUUAUAACGUAUAUCGGAUGUGGAAUCUCCUCCAUUUUCCUGGGAGUUGCAAUAGUGACAUACAUAGCUUUUCACAAAUUUCGAAAAGAUCAUCCUUCCAAAAUCCUGAUCAACCUGUGCACAGCACUACUGAUGCUAAACCUGGUAUUUCUGGUCAAUUCCUAGUCAUCAUCAUUCCAGAAAUCGGGCCUUUGUAUCACAGCCACUGUAGCACUUCAUUACUUCCUGCUCAUUUCUUUGACUUGGAUGGGUCUGGAGGCAGUCCACAUGUAUUUUGCUCUAGUCAAAGUCUUCAAUAUAUACAUUCCCAAUUAUAUCCUUAAAUUUUGUCUGUUUGGUUGGGGAAUCCCAGCGAUUGUGGUGGUGAUUAUACUCGGUGUGAAAAAAGAUCUGUAUGGGACUCUGAGCUCAACGACUCCAUUUUGUUGGAUUAAAGAUGAUCCUAUCUUUUACAUCUCAGUGGUGGGUGAUUUUUGCCUCAUGUUUCUCAUGAAUCUCUCCACGUUCUGCACUGUUCUUUUGCAACCGAAUUCCAUGAAAUCCCAAAGCCAGAAGACUCGACGGAAGAUGAUGCUGCAUGACCUCAAAGGCACAACCAGCCUGACAUCCUUACUUGGCCUCACCUGGGGGUUUGCCUUUUUUGCCUGGGGAGCUGUGAGGAUCCUUUUCUUGUAUCUUUUUGCCAUUUUUAACACUUUGCAAGGGUUCCUCAUUUUUGUGUUCCACUGGGUGAUGAAGGAGCAUGCCCAGUGGAUACUGGUAAGAUGCCAUUUGGGUUUUCUGUUUUUAACUGUUUGGGGAGUCAUUUCAGAUGGCAGCAGCCUGUGUGAGCUCGAUGUUGGGCAGAAACAGGAAAGACUGAAGAAAACCUUUGCGCACAACUUGUUGACACCGUCCGUCAAGUCAACUGCAACUAGUUCCAUUUUCAAAUCUUUAGGCUCCGCCCAAGGCACUCCUUCAAAAACAAGCUCCCCAAAUGGUGAGAGAAAAGGCUACACUGUCUAUACUUAUAUUCCAGAGAUGAGGAACCUUAAGCAGGAAGAGGAGAACGCCUUAUGGACAGUCCCGUCAGCAGCAGAAUUGGGGCCAGAAGCUAGUGGCCCCCAAGCUAGUGCUCAUCGCACCCCACCGAGAAUACCGGCUGAGCUGCACAUUACUCUUAGAGGCUCACCUUCUUCCACAGGAAGCCAAGCUUCUAGGCCUGAAGUAAAGAAAAGCCCAGGGGUUGGCACCAAACCCUUCCAAGUGUCACCUGCUGCUGACUGCCUCCGGCCCUACCUGAUCCCACUGUGUCUCCCUCAUGGUGCCCCUCAGGCCCUCACAGCCUAG